AUGCAUCUCUCGCUCUCAUCAACAUUUGCCACUGUCGCGCUGUCCGUCCUCUCGUUGACGAGCACAUCAGCCGCCUCCCUCAACCUCCCGAAGACUGCCUACCGCAUGCCCGCGCGCACAGCGGACCCCUCAAACCCAGCAUUAACAUGGCACGUCUCGCAGUUCGACCUGGGCUGCUCUCCCGGCGGCUGCGUCUACAGCUUUAACAUCCUGGGCCACGCCUCGGAAAAUACACCCGGCUUCAACACGUCCUGCAAUGGUACAAGCACGCAGGACGACUACGCGCCCUGCAAGGACGAGGGCAUCCUCGCGCAGAUCGAGCCGGCUACCUAUCCCAAUUGGACUGUCUCUGUACAGCACCAGUGGCGCGAGGCAAUGUUCGAGGAGUAUUAUGCGUUUGGUGAGAAGAACGUCAGCGUUGCGGGCAACUCGACAAGGACCUUUACGAUCCCCGUGACGAGUGUCUAUGGGGUUGCUUAA